AUGCAGUUCAACGCCUUCUCCAAGUCCACAAAGCACAUGUAUCACUCCAUCAUGACUUCGGCUCGGCUCCACUCGUGCUGCGCUCUGGCCUGGAUCUUGGCCUUGGUGCUCAUCGCCGUGCUCUUUUCCUUCCACAUGAACGUCCCGCUGUGCGGCCGAACCAUCCAACAUGUCUACUGCAGCAACAGAGGCAUCCUGAACAUAGCCUGCAUUCCCACGCCCACAAACGACAUCUACGGUUUAUCCAUUACCUGGUGUGUGAGUACCGGGAUGUUCGUCAUCAUUGCGUUUUCCUACAUCCAGAUCCUGAGAGUCUCAUUUCAACGAGGCCGAGCUGACAGCAGCAUCCGCAGCAAGGCCUUUCAGACCUGUGCACCGCACUUCAUCGUGUACGUGCUCUAUCAGAUAGCUUCAGUGAUCAUCAUUGUGAGUCUAAGAUUUCCUUCUGCACCACCAAACAUCAAGAAGUUCUUCAGCAUCCUCAUCAUCAUCCUUCCCCCAGCUAUCAACCCCAUCAUCUAUGGCCUGGUCAGCAAAGACUUACGGAGCAGCAUCAAGAAGCAUUUUUCUGUACAGGUCUGUCAGAAAAUUUGA